CUUCCGGAAGUCGGCUCGUGUCUACCGGGUCCGUAACUACUAGCUUUCCUUGCAAGGUUCCAGUCUCCGCUGUUGCUCUGCACCAUGUGCACGUUGGGAAUCCCUCAUCUUUGGUUUUGAUAUCCGGCGCGGCGGCCGCCGGUUUUCCGGCUGAGCUUAGCUGCCCCGCACGGGGCGGUGUGCAGCCCAUGGCGGGGGCCGCUCCGACCACGGCCUUUGGGCAGGCGGUGAUCGGCCCGCCGGGCUCCGGGAAGACCACGUACUGCCUGGGCAUGAGCGAGUUCUUGCGUGCUCUGGGCCGGCGCGUGGCGGUGGUGAACCUGGACCCGGCCAACGACGGGCUGCCAUACGAGUGCGCCGUGGACGUCGGCGAGCUGGUGGGACUGGGCGACGUGAUGGACGCGCUGCGACUGGGGCCCAACGGUGGUCUGCUCUACUGCAUGGAGUACCUGGAGACCAACCUGGACUGGCUGCGGGCCAAGCUCGACCCCCUCCGCGACCACUACCUCCUCUUCGACUGCCCAGGCCAGGUGGAGCUCUGCACACACCACGGCGCGCUGCGGAGCAUCUUCUCCCAGAUGUCCCAGUGGGACCUCAGGCUGACUGCUGUCCAUCUGGUAGAUUCUCACUAUUGUACAGACCCAGCCAAGUUCAUUUCAGUACUGUGUACCUCCUUGGCAACCAUGCUGCAUGUGGAGCUGCCCCAUGUCAAUCUCCUCUCCAAGAUGGACCUCAUUGAGCACUAUGGGAAGCUGGCCUUCAAUCUGGACUACUACACUGAGGUCCUGGACCUCUCCUACCUUCUUGACCACCUGGCUUCAGACCCUUUUUUCCGCCACUACCGACGACUCAAUGAGAAACUGGUGCAGCUCAUCGAAGACUACAGCCUGGUCUCCUUCACCCCUCUCAACAUUCAGGACAAGGAGAGUAUCCAGCGGGUCCUCCAGGCCGUGGAUAAAGCCAAUGGCUACUGUUUCGGGGCUCAAGAGCAGCGGAACAUAGAGGCCAUGAUGUCUGCUGCCAUGGGAGCAGACUUCCAUUUCUCCUCCACCCUGGGCAUUCAGGAGAAGUAUCUGGCACCCUCGGACCAGUCCGUGGAGCAGGAAGCCAUGCAGCUAUAGCAACAAGUUGUUUGGGGAGCACAACACGAAACCUAGCUCAGGGACAGGUGGCAACUCCCAGUGAACAGUGGACAGAGCAGGCUACAGACCCGAGAGCUGGCAGGCUGGCAAGGGGACUGAAUCCCUGCAAAAGACUAAUAACCAAAGCCAGACAUGGGAACCAGUAGAGUGCCCACCACCCCAACACUGCCCAGCUGCCAGGAAUGCAGCACUGACCUCAUCUGGGCAGUGUUGGAAUGUGCUGGAAUUCAGGAAUUCAUUUUUUUCCAUUUUGUGACUUUCAAGCCUGCUGUCCAGGCUCUUGGAGUUGGGACAGUAAGAGGAAGUGUCAUCUCCCAGAGUCCUGUUUCUUCCCUCAGUGCAGCACAAGGCCACACUAGAGCAUUGACGCCUUG